AUGGCCUGCCCGUCACCCCAGGCCAUCGCCAUUGCGCGCCUCGCGCCCUCGACCGUCGCCCACGUCCUCCGUCUCGUUGGGAGAGCGUACAUCGACGCAGGCAGACGCCCAAGGUCGCGGUACUCACAUACAACGGCGCGGCGAUUCGCCGUGUCCGCCACGGUGCCCACCGAGCAGCACGAUGACGGAUCAGCACUAGUGCGCACACCGCGCAAAAUGAAGCCACCACGAACUGCCCAGGUGCCCCCUAUGCCGACAUGGGCAUGGCUCGAACCAGACGCAAACCGCGAGUUGUUUCGGGAAACUCGACGCCGUGACCGGCACAUGACAGCUGCGGCGUUUCGUGGACGCUUCGACGCACUCAAAGUGUCACCGAUACUCUUGCUACCUUAUGCGCGGUUGUGUGCUGUGUUCGACGUGUUCAACUCCCCAGACACUACGGAACAGGACUGGCUCUGGCUCAAAGCCAAACUCGCGGCGUAUCAGGAGGCGGAUACCAUCGACUUUAGCGAGAUGCCGGGGUCGCGGUUGUUGCUAAGGCAUCUGCGCUCAUUGGUGUUGGCCAAGCUCGGCGAGUUUGACGACGCUGUCUUCCUCAUGUCCUCGGCCACCUCAAAGGCAAUGAAGGACGACAAGGGCAUCUUGGACAAUUACCCUGAAUAUGCUUCGCAGGUCAUCGACGAGUACAUCAAGACUAUCCUGGCGGCAGGACGACCAGAUGACGCGGCGGAAGUGGUGCGCUUCGGUGGAGGGGCCUUGCAGAGGCUUCUCACUUCGGUGCCGGGCAAUAUGGAGCCCAGCUCGUCGAGCACACGCAUUAGGAGGGCGUUCCAUCGCGCGUUCCAACGCAUGGCGUAUCCAUGGGAAUGGGUUGACGAGCGUUCCACGCAGUUGCAUGGAGAAAAGCGGGCUCUUAAAUCUAUCGAUGGGACGGCCAAGGCCAUAUUGGCAGGCCUCGUCGCUGACACUUUGGACUCGGCAAAGGCGUUCACGUUCUGGCGCAAGUUUGCUCUCAUUGACGACACGGUGAUAGUGCCUCACAGUAUCGCCUCCAAACUGGCGUCCAACCUCGCGAACGACGAGUUCUACAACGCCGCACACCAUGUGAUUGCGGUGCUGCGCGAGAGGUGCGGCCUCCUCCCGCACAACUCGUUGUCACGCGAGCUGUGGAUCUACGCCAACGAAGGCAAGCCAGCCGAGUCUCUCAAGGUGUGGGACGAGAUCAACCUCCGUCACCGCCCGACACCGGACGACCGCCUCGCUGUCGCGACCGCGUUCGCGGUGAACGGGCAGAUCGACGCGGCCAAGAAGGCCCUUGAGCAACUCGGCACCCCAGAGGACAGCGUGCAAGCGCUACGACUACUCCACCGCGCGGCUAUUCUCGCCGAGGACGACGAACUCGCACUCGAGUAUCUCGAUAAGAUCUCCAAGAUCGAGCCGACCCUUGGGCCGUUUGAGAGCCAACUCCGACUGUACGCGCAGCAAGGCAAGACUGAGCCGGCAAUCACGGUGUUUGGGCGCAUUAUCGAGCUGGGCAUUACACCGACGCUGGAAACAUAUACCUCACUGAUCUCGGUAUUUGGAAAUGCUGCCGAUCACAUCAACGCCCAGAACGUCUUCAACUCGAUGCGGGCAAGCGGGAUUGAGCCGGACGCCGUUGCGUGGUGCGCGCUCCUCAACGCCUACAUCGAAGCAGGCGCAUGGCCAGAGGCAGCGACACUCGUGGAAGAAAUACCUACCGAGAUGACUGACGAGCCGGACGUCCUCACUACCAUGCUCAAGGCAUACGUUAUCGGUAGUGCGCCUCUCGAGCCUGUCCUCCGCCUCUUCCGCACUAUCAUGGACCCUCCUGUACAGGCAUGGGCGCUCAUGGUCCAAGCAGCGGCCGACAACGACAAUAUGGUCCUCGCGCGCUCGCUCUUCGUGGAGAUGGACGCGGCAGCCAAGCUUGACAGCCUCGCCCCAGAACCCAACGUAUAUAUCCUGUCCAUCAUGCUGGCAGCGUACCUGCGCGUGGGCGACCGUGAGUCGGCACGCGCUGUGUACGACACGAUGGUCUCGCGCGACCUCGUUCCCACAAGUAUCACGUACGGCAUCAUCACGAAUUCGUUCGCGCGCGCGCCGGGCGAGUCGAGUUUCAAGCAGGCCCACAACUUUGCCAUGUCGGUGUACGGCCAGAUCAAGCCUGGCGAGCGUACACAGGCGCGUGGAAAAGCGAAGGAGAACGUCUUCACGCCGCUGCUCGUCGCAGCUGUGCGCGCUGGUGACCUCACCCAGGCCAAGCGCUACUACGACAUCAUUGCCGAGAUCGGUGGCACGUCGCGCUCGCUCUCCGCCAAGCUCAUGGAGGCGUAUCGCUCUGCGGGCCAGCUGCGCCCUCUGUACCGCGUGUGGCUCAAGCUCUUUGGACAGGCGUGCAAGACGAUCCCAUCGCACCCCGCAGGAUCCGUCGUGCCAGAUGGACAUCACACGCGCGCGCGCAACAACGUGCUCGCGAUCCCCUUCUCGAUCGCGAUCCGUGCGUUCGGCGACGCCGGACUGCACGAUCGCCUCAAGAAGCUGUGGCGUGGCAUGCGGACCGCGGGCUUCGGCCGUGACUCGCAGAACUACAACCACUACGCGGUCGCGCUCGCCAAGACGGGCGACGUCGAGGGCGCGUUCCACAUUGUCGACCGCGUUCUGAUGCCGCGCUACGCCGAGGUCAAGGAGCGAUACAACGAGGCAAUGCGUGCGGCGGACGGUCAGCUCAUGCCCGUCGAGGCGGACACCACGCCAGACGACGUCCACGUCGACGUCCAGGAGGGCGACGACGUGUAUGACGGUAACAUCAGCCCUCAACCCCGAGACGCAGUGGACGACGAGCAUGCCCUCGACGACGAGGACGCGAUAGUGGACCGGGAAGCGGAGCGUACGACUGAUGACGUCGCCGAGCCCGCACACCGCCCCCCAAAUCGACGACACCAGUUCCACCCCGAAGUGCCACCACAACUGCUGGAGGGCGAGCUGAUCGACCUGAGCAUCCUGCGCCAAUGGCGACCGAGCGACGUGCUCUGGCGGCCCAGCGUGGCGACCCUCGCUGUUCUAGACCACGCAUACCGCCAACUCGAGGACCAAAAGGCAUACCGUGCUUGGAUGGGCCUCGGCACCGACGGCGAGGGCGAGGAGGAGGCCCCCGAAGUCCGUCUCCCGGAGUUUGGCAAGACGGUGAUUGUGCGCGAGUCAGAUGGAUCGCCGAAACGCAUGUCGCCGCGCCUCAUGCUCGCCCGCCUCAACCGCAAGUAUGGCCGGGUGGUGAGCCUGGUCAUGUUCCACCGCCGCAAGCAGAAGCAGAUCUCGCAGGAGGAGAAGCGCCGGCGGCGGUGGUAG